AUGACAGACCAGGUUAAGACGCGUCGCAGGGGCCUUGCGCAGCCGAACUUUCGAGGGGUCGAGGUGGAGAAGCUCGCCACCAUGAAGAUCACGGACAUUCUGCCCAAGCUUAACGCGCGAUGCAGGAGGCGCAUAGGGAAGCACGGGCUCUCUAUGAAGCACCUUCGUUUUGUGAACAAGUUGCGCCUCCGCCGCGCCGCACAGCCCUCCCAGAAACCGAAGAUCGUCAGGACUCAUCUCCGCGACAUGAUCAUCUUCCCAGAGAUGAUUGGGAUGACCGUCUCCGUCUACAAUGGACGCCAGUUUAUCCCGGUUGAGAUCAAGCCGCCCAUGGUUGGACGCGCCCUUCGCGAGUACUCGAUGUCUUACAAGAUUGUCUCUCACGGAAAGGUUGGUAUCGGUGCCACGCGUUCGUCGAAGUUUGUCCCGCUGCGUUAG